AUGCCUAUUCCCCGAUCCCGCCCGAUGCGCUCAGGUUGCAUGUUCGUUUACUUCCGGGUAUGGACACGUGAUCGGUUGCUGCAAGGAUUCCGAUUGGUCAGGCACACCACGUUUCUAGGGUAACCAUGGGCGCAUUACCUCAUUGGCUAAUCCCUCGUGUACUGGGCAGUCAGGGCUCAAGAUUCAUCAUAGCGGGGGGGCGUGGUUUGACCGCCAACGAAGAUGGCCGCAUAGAGCGAGUGCUCCACACCCCGGCGCUCAAAAAAGAACAGUAACCUGCUAAUUUCCCGACCAAGGGCACAUACACCCUGCCACGAACACCCCAAUAAUACCACCGGACAAGGGGACCGGAUGUCCAACCGCAGACCGGCCAAAAAGAGCCCGAAAGAAGCUCUGUCAGUGGCGGACAUGCUGUCAGCACAGAGGCCUACAGCACGUGGGGCGUCUGCGGCCGCGGGCCCAAACUCCACGGACCCCCUAGACUGAUCCGGAGUGGGGGACCCCCCCCACGGAGGCAACCUCGAGUGCCAUACUGCAAUCCCUGGCCGAAGUGAAGGGCUACCUAGCCGAAGAAAUCAAAAGAACGGCGGCGGAAGUUAAGGCAGAAAUUGCCGCAAUAGGUGUCCGCACCAGCCACGUGGAGAAAAAACUGGACGUCGUGGUAGAGGCCCACAACACAGCAGCAACCCUCACAAAUAAGCUCCUGACACACAUGACCGAACUAGAGCUGGAAUUAGAAGAUAUUUCUAACAGAUCACGGCGGAACAAUUUGCGUAUCCGAGGCCUGCCGGAAUCCAUUGAAGAAGCGGACCUCGAAAAGAUCCUGAUAGAAUGCUUCAAACAUAGCCUGCCUGCUAUACCCGACCACCUUUGGGUCGUAGAUCGCGUCCACAGGGCGCUUAGGGCCAGAGGACCAAAAAACAGCCCGCCAAGAGAUGUAAUAAUGCGGUUGCAUUAUUACAAGACCAAGGAGGCCAUACUGCGUCACAGCAGAGCCCAGGCCUACGAGCCAGAAGGAAACACCAUUCAGAUCUACCAGGACAUUGCACUAGCCACCCUCCUCCAGAGAAAAGAAUGGAAGCCUGUCACAGACCUACUGAGGACCAGCGGAGUCCGAUUUGCAUGGGGAUAUCCCUUUAAAAUCCUCGUCUUCAACAGCCCGAAACCGACCGUCCUUCUCCCAUCGAUGAACAUUCCCGCCUUCCUCGCGGACUUGGGCAUCGAUCUCGCAUCGGACUUUCAGGCACCGCCAGCUAAUAUGGGCACUCUCUCCCUGAUUGAAGACACCGAAGAGACACGCUGA